AUGACUUACGAAAACUACUCAAUGCAUCAGGCAGAGAUAAACGGAGUUGUAGACAGAUUCUACGUCCCAACAGAUGUCAAGCUUGAGCCAGUUCUUGACGAAGAUUUCCGAGAGUAUCGACAAGUCCAACGUCCUGGUCGAGCGCCGAGGAUCCCCGACGAAGAACUGAAACCAGAAGAGCUUGCAGCAAGAGAAUUGAAACGAGCGAGAAACCGAGAAGCAGCGAAACGAGUCCGUGCGAGAAGAAUUCAAAGGGUUCAAGAUUUGGAGCGAGAACUUGACAGCGCCAAAAAAGCACUCGAAUCCGAAAAGACGGAGAAUCAGAAACUUCGGAAACAGCUUCAGAAUUACCAGAAGGGCAACAAAGGCGAUGAAAAGGAAGAACACUCAAUGAUCCAGAUGAUGCGAAAACUCAGUGCUUCUGACAACAUCCAGGUCGUUCCAACUGAGCAUUCUUCUUACAUGACUCCGUAUGGAUUGAUCUCUCCGACAUUGCAGUUUGUCGGCUCUCCACUGACGGCUGCCGCGAACAUGCCAACCUCAACAGCCCAGAUCUUCGCCUUUCCACAGUAUAAUGACAGCCAGGAUCAACCCAAGAACUACACUCAGCUUCUGAGCGACUAA